UAGGUGGCUGAAAGCCCAACGAACUCUAUUUUAUUGCGCACUCAUCGCGCAGGCUUUACUCUGUCUCCCAGUUAUCUUCCACACCUCUACCGGUUCGAACGCCUGUUAUUGCUCCUGGCUUUGUUGUGGCAGUGAUAAAUGGUUUAAGCUCAGCCGCAAUGAUUUUAUUCUGGCUAUGGGCAGUAAUAGCCUGCCUUGUAAGCAAUUCAGCGGCGGAGAGGGGUGGUUCCCUCAGGGGAGCGCUUGAAGCAUUACAAAGGAGACAACGCGGCCGUCUUCAUACUUCGGGACCUAUCGUUCCACAGGAUUAUGAUGCUUUAUACGAGUUCGUUCCUCCUCAAGCAUAUGCAGAACCCGACUAUGCGAUUGAUGUAGAGGAUGUUGAGGAAGAGCCAAAGUACAUUGUAAAAUUACUUGAUAAUGAAAGUCCUUCUGAUGCAUACGAAUAUAAGAUCAUCAAAAAGAAAAAUUCGGUUACCCGUGGUGAUAAUAAAAGAGAAUCUGCUUUUCGGGAGAGAAGUCAGCACUCCGACAACGAUAGACUUCGGGACCUUUUCAUGGAUAGAAAUGAGGCACAGGAGAAAGAAGAAAUUUCACAAGAAAGACCUGAAACCGACGCUGAUUAUGCUAUGCUAUUAGGACAAUUAUGGAGUAAAUAUAAAACCAAUAAAGCAAAUUCUAACCGAGUCGAAAAUGCUCCACAAGGUGUAAUUAAAUUGUACAAAGAGAAGAUUGUUAAAAAAAGUUAUCCAAAUAAUUGGGGGCCCAUAGCUUUCAAAAGGAAAAGAAGUUCAGGCUACGAACCGGAGCAACCAUCUGUUGAUAUUGACGAAAGUAAAAUUCUAGAGAACCAAGACCAAGAAAAUUCUAAUUAUAACGCGUACGAUGUAUCUGAUGAUGACAAAGACGAUAUGAGAGAAGAAUAUGCCAUUGCUUUUCAGCCGUUAGAUGAUGACAGCCUUUCUGAUCUGGCAGAUGAGGAUCAGUUUGCUUAUGAAAAUAUUGAGAAAAGAUUUCCUGUGUCCAAACGAAGUGGUGGAACUGGAAGCAUUAAUAUGCAAAAGAAAAGAUUUGCCCUAAAUAACCACGAUAAUGCAAAAACUUUUAGAGGUAGUUCGGGUACUGAUCCAAAAAUAAUCGAAGAUUUAUCAAAAAUAUUUGAUAAUUCGGAAUAUGAAAUAAUAAGAAACCCAGUCAAAAGAAGCAGUGACAAUCUCGAAACCCCUCAUGAAGUAAAACCUCCGAAUGUGAAUAUUCAUCAUAAAAAUGAUAGUCACAUUAACUCCAGCUCAGCGUCACCUGACUCCACAAAUCAUGAGCAUCAUGGUCAUCCCCCAGGAGUAACUGGCAAAGAGUUAGAACAUGAUGAACAUUCACACAAUCACGAUCAUGAUCACCACAACCAUGACAUGACAGAGUCUCAAAAACCCAAAAUUGUAAAAAAAAAGUCUGUAGACUGGUCCGAUUACUUUGGAAUUGACAAAAGAUUUAAAAAGUCACCGGGCUUAAGUGAUGAGCGGCUUAAAAAGCUUUAUUUUGAUACAUUUAACAAAGAGGUGGUUUAUCCCUCAAACAAUGUAAGGAGAACUAGUUACAUGAAGCGGAACUUUGUUUCACCGAAGUUUAAAGAGAAUGUACCAAAUACUAAUAUGAAACCACGUGCAGAAAAAAGGAAUGCUGGUAAUACUGAGACAAAGUUAGAAAAUUUUGACAAAAAAAUAAAGAACAUGGAAGGCAUAAUCGUAGAUGAAGCAUUGCAGUACUCUAAUAAUGGAGAAGGUUUAGAUUCAAAGGAAGAACAAGAAAUGAAAGAAAAGUUAUUGUCACGUCUAGCUGCCGCCUAUAGUUUGGAAAAAAUGCGAAAGGCAUUAAAAGAAUUCAAACAGAGCCUACAAAUACAAAAGGUGACUCCAAGCUCUCAGUCUACUUCGGAUGGUGAAUCAAAAGAUAAGAGAGUUGCCGUUAAAAAAGAAAAAGUAAUAGGUAACGCUAUUCCAUCUGUUCAUGAACAAAAAAGUGAAAUAGAUGAAGACUUUGAAGAUGAACAAGGUGCAGGACACUACAUAAAUGGAAAACUAGAAGAACAAUUAUCCGAGGGAUACAUGGGUGGAAGUGGCCGACAUCGUUCUCCUGCCAUUUCAACAGUAAGCUCUGCCGGCGCAUGUCCUGUUCUUGAUAAGAUCAUUAAAAGGUGCAGAGGUGUGGACUUACUAGCGGGAGACCGCGGCCAGCUGUUCCUACCUCUGUGUAGUUUACAUCAAAUAUGCUACCUAUGUGGAGAAGCCCCACCUACGACCUGCGAUUUAGUUUUUCUCUCAGAAGCCGAUUCCACCUGUGAGGGCGAUAUGAGCUGCCAACGUGCGGCACGAUCUGCUUUGAUGGCUUUGAGAGAGCUACAUGACAACCUGGCUGAUGAGUUGGAUGGUGAAUGCGAGGCUAGCCCCUGCCUUCCUGCAACCCUUAAGCUGAAUCUAGGCUGGCAGAGAGCCCUGCAACGAUAAAUAACGGUUUUUUGGUUCGCAUUUUGCGGUGAUGAUAUAUCUAAUCCAAAACGGAGUUCUGAAAGGGAAACGGAUCAAAUUGUUCGUUUGAAAUGAGUGUAUUUCAUUGUUAAAGAUUUGUUACUAUUUUGUAAUACUUUUUUCUAAAUUCUACUAUCAAACAGUCUGCAUUUGAUCAAGCAUUUAACUAAGUAUUUAGGUAUAUUUUUCUACCAUUUUUUCGUACGUACCUAGCCAGCCAUAGGUGCGUACGAGCAUUUACUACUAUGUGUCGUAAGGUGCAACUUUACUCUUUAUGUACUUAAAAGAACUACACCCUUAUGAUGUAUUGAGUAACUAUGCUUUUCAUAUUAUGUUGUAUAUAAUUGUGAUGAAGAUUAUAAUAUUUCCUAUUCAAAACCUCAUGUUGUCGGUAUGUUUAAAGAAUGAUAAGAAGAAUAAUGGAUAUAAUAUAUUGUCUGAUGGGAGUUUAUCAUUGUUGAAAGUUAUUUGCAUGUUAAAUAUUAUUUGUGUUGUGUCAGCGUUAUUAUGAAUGGAUCCUAAGUAUUGUAACACUAAAUGUAUUUAUGUGUAAUUUUAUUCAUAAAAACAAAUUAUUCUUAAACGUUAAAUGAAUGUAGAAUAAUUUUAAAUAAA